AGCGCGCUCUUGGCGGUGAGAAAAGCGCAGGUCUAAGUCGCACAGAUCCUCUUCGAGUAAGGUGCUCGGUUAUCGCGUGUGUGCGGACUCGCUUCUUAUCUCUGCUCCGCAAGAAGUAAAAAGCUGUUGCUUCUCCCUUCACAGCUGAUAUCUAAGGAGUCGGCGAGGUCACGCAUUGUUUACCAGUUUCUCUGCCAAUCGCCCCGAAUGACGCCUCACAGAUUGCACACUGCUAUCGGAGGCCAGAACAUCCCCAGUCGCUUGAACCGAAGCCAGAAAGGAGCGACCUAGGCAGUUUACACGCAAUGCUCACCUACAAGCUGGGAAAUAGAGAAAGAAAAUUUAUUGAAUAAAGCAACGAAAAAAAAAGUAGACAAGUUAUAGUGAACCUUGAUCACAUGCUCCUCAUUGCAACUGACCGCCAAAGUUAUUUGAAGAACUUUGAUAUUCGCGCAACAAGUCUUGGCUGUUCCUCUACCCCAGGUUUUUGUUUAUAUUUAUGUUCUGUGGCUUAUUUAUUGGUACAGAUUAGAUCAUUUGGGUUUAAGAGAUACUGUUUUCUAGUGUGCUUUUAUUACUUGCGAGGUGACUUCUCGUACUUCUACGGCAACACGUUUUUAAAAUGUGAAAACUUAAUUUGUGCCAUUCUAGUCAGUUGAAGAUUCUUCCUAAUACCUUUGAAGUUUAUUUUCAUUUUAAAGUUGUGCCAUUAUGUUAAAAAGUAUAUGUGGAAAUAUUUAAAAAUAUUACUGCAACUGUAAGAAAUUUUCAUCCAAAAACUGCCGUGAAAUUGUUAAUGGAACUAUGGAGGAUUGCUUGGUCUUUUUUUAACGUAACUGUUCCAGUUUCCUUAAAUAUCUUAAAAGUAAACGGAAUUAUUUUUUGUUAGUCUACAAUAUUAUCACAUAUAGAUAAUUUUAAUACCAUCUUAUGAAUAUUGCAAUAAAAGUAACCGAAUAUUACGAGUACAUAUCUUACGAACUGUGAUUUCGUUAAAAUUACAUUUUAAUUUUGUGAUAAAAAGUAGAAUGUAUCUCUUUUAAUAACAUCUGCCUGAAUUUCUUUUGCCAAAUUUGUGUCCACUUUACUUAGUAAGCGUAUAUUUACUACAGUUUUAUCACAUUUUUGCAGAAAGAUUCGACAUGUCGAAACUAAUUUUUCUAUGUCAUCUUUAGUUAUCUUCAAAAAACCGUGAUUUUAUAUGCAAAAUAACAAUUUCGUACCUGAAUUAAAAUAUUUAGAAUUUUUAUUGGAAUCUCACUGAAACAGAGUACUAGAACAGCAUCUAAACUAUAUACUUUCAAGUUCGAAGAAAUUAAUUUCUUUAACUCGAUAAGAAUAGUUUGGAAGACAUUCCGCCGCUAUGUGCUCAAGAUUCAUAUUAAAAGGACCGUGUGCUCAUGAAAUAAAGAAAUAAGUUUAUAGAGUAAUCGUCAUAAAAAAUCCGUAUCUGAAACAUGCAUUCCGAAUCGUCUAGCCAUGCUUCAUCAGCAUUCCCAGACUUGUAUGUUACAAAGCGCAUUCAACAAACAGUUAGUAUUUGGAUUAGCUUCCUUUUUCUUGCAACAACCUGUAUGAGCAAUGUUCAGAACACUACGCUUACAGUCGGAUACCUAGCCAAUAUCCAUGGGAAACAGCGACAAGGGCAUAUCAUCAGUGGUGCGAUGACAUAUGCCAUCAAAAAUGUCAACGAACAGCAUGUACUCCCUCAGAACUACAGUCUGAAAUUUGUGUACCAAGAUACGAAAGGGGAGACACUAGCUGGUACGAAUGCCGUCAUUAAUAUGUGGCGGGAUGAUAUCAUUGCAUUCUUCGGACCCGAGAACUCAUGUGAAGUUGAAGCUACUGUGUCUGCUUCGCUCAAUUUGCCCAUGAUAUCGUACUGUCUAUGUGCCUUUGGAUUACUAUGGAAUACCUUUAUACAGAUGAAGGACAGAUGAAAUACUGCUGCCAAGGUAAGAAAAUUUGACUUUUUCCUGUAUUCCAGAUAGAAAUAUAAAAAUUCAGCACCAAACGCAGUACUGUACAGAAAAACUUAGAUCCUUUCCCAUA